AUGAUUGGGCAGCUUUCAAACCGCAACUUCUUAACCAGCAUGGCCUUCCAGGAAUCCUCUAACCAAGGCGAAAACCAGGCUAUCAAAAACGGAUUAUGGAACUCCUGCCAAGGCUCGCUUCAAUCAGUCGAUCAAUGCGGCAGUCCACAACAAUCCUACAACUGGGGAAACACACCCGUCGUUGGCCAGAUGAUGCCACAACAAUAUCAGCCUUCUGGCGGCAGAUACCGACACUUGUUUACCGCACUGUUUUCAUUGACCAUGGCCGGCACUUGCCUCAGCUUCUUGUUAUGGAUCUUGAGCUUGCCUGUCAUGUUGUGCUGCGGCAAGCGGUUCCAUCGACUCCCUGGUGCUUCCAUGUCCACACUGACACUCCUUAACUUUUUAUGCACCAUGGGUGCGUUCAUUAUCGGUCUCGUCUUGGCCAUUUCUUUCAACAAAGCAUUGACCGGCGGUUGGUCAGGUAAGGUGGGCAACUCGAUCUGGACUCUUUUAGGCGCCAUGGGCGCUCUUUUAGUCGGCUUCAUGUGCUUCAAUGGCACCUGCUGUGGACCUCCUCGAAACCGUAAUCGUGUCACGGAUCCAGAAACAGCGGGUGGCGGUGGCAUGUUUGGCAAAAAGAACCGAUUUUCCAAGACAGCUGCACCCGGUCCUGAACCAGCUGCUCCUCCACCCCAACAGCAACCUCCUCCGAUGAGCGGCCCAUCCACUGGCAUGUCGACUGCUAGACCCUUCCAGAUGCCACAGACUGGUCAAUAUAAUUAG